AUGGAAAUUCCACAGAAAGGCCCACCACGAAGUCUGAAGGUCGUCUGUGAGGCCCUCCUCGCGAACAGUCUGGGCAAGGGACGGGAAAGUCCGUGCCCUAAAAACAAGACGGAGGAAGAAGAUGCGGAAGCAAAGCGAAGUUUGGAGUCGCUCAUUGGUCCUGGCAAUUCCGCGUUGCGUGGGGUGCCUGCUGUAAAAGGGUUACGAGAGUCUGUACGGCUGUUUGUGAGGAAGAAUGCCGAAUUGGUGAGGACUACAACCGGUAAUGGAGUGGCGGGGGCCAAGAGUGAUCCGCUUGCCCUGCGUGAUGCGCUGCUACGCAACGGGGCGGCCAUGGAGGAAAUGCGUGGGGAGUGGAAACAGAUACUGGAACGCAUGUACGCGGUUGCAGAGGAGCAAGAUAGUGUCACACCACCUGGCUACACGUCGGCGGCCGAUGCCACUCCACCGAGUAAUGUCCUACGCUUUGGUGCAGACCAUGAUGGCUUUUGGGAGGAGCUGCCGUGGGAAGGGAAGACUUCGUGCCACGACGUCCGUGGGUUGCUCGACUCGUGUAGGCGGGAAUGGGUGGAGGAUGGUAGCGCUUUAAGCGGCGAAAAGGCAGAGGUGUUUGUCCGGGCACUGCGCGCGGUCGCGGACGCGGAUCCGGAGUCCCCCAUCCUCGACGCCAACUGGGACUUCUGGGUUGGCGCGCUGCUCGUGUGCGUAGGGCUGCAGGCGACAUCGUGUGAGACCCGCACACUUGUGGAGCUGAUUUACAGUCGAUGCGCCCCCCAACGGAAACUUGGGCUUUUGGACGCCGUGGCUGCGAAGCUCCGGCGCCCCGUCGAGGACGCGCCAGAUGAGCGGGGCGUCUUUUUGGAGCUGUUCCAUCGACUUCUCCUUUGCACCUCGGAAAGCAUUGUCGCCUUCCUGGACGACGAAAUUGCCCAGCUACUCCUGCAAGGCUUACGCGUUGUCGUUGAGCACCUUGAGGACUUUAGCGUUUUGGAUUCACAGGCACUGUGGCUGAAGAGGCUCUUGGUGCGCCCCUCUCUCGGCUGCAACAUCGCCCUGCUUCCGAUAAGGGAGCCUGGCCUUAUCAACAAACUGGCAGCUGCCAUGCCCAUCUCCCACGUUCUGGGGCUGAUGUUGACAAUGCUACCGCUGUGGGUGAAAGGGCCCGGCGACGCAACUACUUUUACGCUCGUCUUUGAGAAGCUGGUGGACGCCUUGCUGAGCAACCACGUGCGAUGCGACCUUGUUGAGGAUGCCAUGGUGUGCGUCGAUCGCUGCGUGCGUGGGCUCUGCGUUGAGAAGCGCCAAGAACAGUUCAACAAGGUUUACCGUUUUCUCAUCUCUCAGGAGUACAGUGAGGUGCGUGACUCCGUGGGAAGGCUCUUGCGUCUCCUUCUGCGCUUCGUAGUGCCCUCCACGUAUGAGUCUAACCGCAGCUAUCGACUGUCGCUGGCGCAGGUGCGGUCCCUCGAGGAGAAACUUCUCAGGCGGUCGGAGCACUGGACGAAGAAGGCUUCCGUGCACCAAGCUGUGGUUGGGGAUUUCUGGUGGGAAUUGCUGCGUUGGCACGCGACGGAUUUGCCCAAAGUGGUUGCGCGUGCCGUGCGUGCCGUGUGCCGGCACGAAAAGCGUGUGGGAUCGCCGUGGAACGAGGGGCACCUUGUUGCCAUCAGCUACUCCAUCUCCUCCUGGCGCGGCCUUGAGGAGGUCUUGGAGGAUGAGCGGCGUGCAGGCCACCUUGACUACAGGGCUCUGCUCCUGCACCUCUGCGCGGGUGCCCCCAGGAUGCCUUCAGGGUCACAGAAGCAGCAGCAGCAGCAGGAGUAUGAAAAGAAGGAGAGGGAGGAGGAGGACGAGCAACAACCGCAGCCCCCAGUGCGUGUGUGCCCUACCGCAUGGUGGUUGCUGAUGCGAUGGUGCACAAAUGCCUGCGCGCGUCGUGGGUUGUUUCUUGCCACGACGGAGGUGCUCCUGUCACUGGCGGCGGACAGAGACGUCGCGGACGGCGCUCUCCUUGCAAUCCCUGUGGAGGAGUUUGAGGCCCUUCUUCACGUGCCUCAGCUCACUCCUGUGCAGGAAGUGCGCCAAAGGCGCAUGCUCGCGGCAAUGCUCUCCGUUCGCCUAUGGAUUGCCACGCUGUGCCCACUAUCUCCCACACCGGGCGUGGCUGAUUUGGAUGUCACAGAAAUGGUGGCUCGACAGCUGCAAACCUACUGGGUAGAGUACAACGGAAACGUGUCGCUGCCGAAUGAGCCCUUUGGGGAAGACUCCCUGCUACUUUUGUUGUGUGUUCUCAGCCUCAAUAGGUUGAGCGGAGCAGGAGACGCCAACGAGUGUAGCCACGGGCACGUAUUGCAGGCUGCACUGCAGGAACUACUCAAGGAGAGACGCGGGCUUGACCCGGUCUGGCAGCUUUUGCAGUUUUUAACAACUGGCGUUGCCUCCGACCGCCUCGCUGCCGUACUUGCACACCGAUUCGGAGCGGAGCAUGAAGCCGCGCUGCAGGCGGCUGCCGAAAAAUGUGCAAUCUCCGACUUGCGCCUUGUUGGGGAAGGUGAGUUGUGCGCCCUGAAAGAACUUCUUUCCGUGAAGGGAGAGGAUGCGGAAGAGGAAGUCCAUAUCCUUUCUGUUCUGCGGCUGCUGCUUCAGUUGUAUGGGGGAGACGCGUCGCGUGCGGCGGCGGUGGUGAAGUCGCAUUCCUCAUCACAUUUGGAAACGUACGGACGUGGCACAGACCUAGCGGUUGGUGUGGCGCAUCGUUUUAUUGCGGCCUUCCCGCAUCUGGAGGAACGGAUGCGCUGUGAGGGCGUGGAUGUCUACUACCUCUGCCUACUCUGUACGCAACGAUGGUUGCGGGAUCCGCUGAAAUUGCCUCAGCUUGCUCGUGCCUCUAUCGAGAAGUAUAUGCGUUUUGGGCAGGCGGCGUGGGAAGUCCUUGUUUCGGACUGCCUCGGCAGGCACAUCGAGACGCUCUGGGAUGCCUUCUCGGAGGUUGAUGGAUUGUCAAUCCAGUGCGCGGAGUCGGUGAUACUGCCAGUGAGCCCUUUUUGGGUCUCCUGUCUGGCAGCGGAUUUUAGUCUGAAAGAAGACGGGUGA